GGUGUUCUUUGGAAGGGGAAUGCCCUUGGGUGGCAUGGGGAUGGUUCCCACUCCUGGAGUUGAGGGGCCUAAUAUGGGAAUGUGGUGAGAUCCUAAUAUGGGAGGAUGGGCAGGAGAUGAGCACGUAGGGAGAGCAGGGGAAUCUAGUUAUGGGGAAGAAGCUACAUCGGACCAUCAGUACGGGGAAGGGAGUCAAGAGAGGGGGCCGUGGCCAAAUGCCAUGAAGGAUAAAGACAGAGGGUCAGAGAGGGACUGGUCUGGCUCUUCCGAAAGAAGGUACAGAGAUGAUAGGGGAACAGGGUAUGAAAGAGAUGCGCCUAGAGAGAAAGAUGCUGGACAAGAUCAUGAUUGGUCAAAAAGGAGACAUCGCGAUGACAAAGAUGUCGGGAGAGACAGGCAAAAAGAGCGUGACAAGGAUCGUGAGCGUUCCCUAGACCAUGACCGUGGUGGCCGUGAACGUGAAAGAGAACGCCAUAGAGAUGAUAGAGGCAGAUAUGCUGAUCAUCAUAGGCACAGAAAUCGUGAGGCGGAAUAUGAUGAUGAUUGGGACAGGGGAAGAUCAUCAAGAUCCCAUGGAAAGUCAAGGGUAUCUCAUGAGGAAGAGCAUAGAUCACGAUCAAGGGAUGCUGAUUAUGGGAAGAGGCAACGUCUGACCUCCGAGUAA